CGGCCGCCAUGCUGGACCACGCCACCAGCGAGGCAGCCUCUCGGUCCUCCCGCAGCCUAGAGAGGUAGCCACGGUCUCCCCGCUGCGCAGGCUAGAGCGGCCCAUAAAGGCAACCAUAGAGAAGGGGCGGGCUAGAGUGGCCCUGAGCCUCCAAAAGUUUAGAAUCUAACACGUCUGGGUUUUAGCGGACGGAUUUGAGCGUAAGAAGAGGCAGUGUUACCACGAUAAAAAAAAAAAUAAAAAAAGAAAGUCUUGGCACCAAGGGCUGAGCGCAGGGCCCGUCGUCAUCAAAUCAGGAGUGGAAUUGGGAGGGAAGAGUGUCUCCAUCGUUGCUGUGGGUUUUACGAUUGCUCUGUAUUGGGCCCUCCACAAUCUCCCAGUUAGUAGAUCGCUGUGCUCUGUAGUUUCCUGCGGUUACUUGUGGGUUUUCUCUACAGCACAUAGCAGUCAUUAGAUACUGACACACAUCAAUCCAUUGACAACACUCCUCCCCACUUCCAGUUUUGUUUUUUUUUUUCCAAUCCCUUCAACUCUUGAACGGAAGCGCAAAGCCAAGUGUACUGGAUAGGGAAAAGGGUUAUCUUUAUUUUUCUUUGUUUACAAAUAACGGUUACUUUUUCCAUCAUGGUAUAUCCUUGUGGGUUUUUUUCUUUGUUGUUGAAAGCAUGAAAACUCUGGGUUUUUCUUUUUUCUGGAUUUCGUGUAACAUACCAAAUUUAGUUUGGAGAAGAAAAAGCCUCUUAGCUGUGUUACUUUGGGCAAGUCCCCUCCCUGUGCUUUGGUUUCUGCAUCUGAAAAUGGGGCAAACAAUAGUACUUAUAGUUUUAGGAUAUUUAAAUAAGUUUAUUUGUAAGACAUUUAAAACAGACACUUUAUGUACGAACUAUGGAAAGGGAAACAAAUUUGCUCUGUAAACUUUCACUUAAUGCACAAUAAUAAAAAUAGAAACACAUUGUAAGUUUUCCUUGAAUAAAAUACAAAUAUGCCAGCUUGGGAGACCCAAUGAACUAAGGAGUCAGGAUAUUCCAAGUUUGCUAUCAAAACCCUUCACUCACAGGGUGUUAAUCCAAAUGUCCCUUCUGGUUCAGGGAGUCAGUAGAAAUAAAUCUCCUGUCCCACUUCUUGUGCAUUGUUCCUUCCACUAGAAGGCCCAUAAUCUCCUAGCAUGUCAUCCUCCUCUCCUUAGAAGUGAUUAAGGGACCAGGCUCCAAAGAAGAUUAAAGAAGCAGUCUGUGGGCUGCACUGGGCAGGGGUAGUCUACUCUGAGUUGACCUACCCUGCAACUAAGAAUCACCACAAUGGCUCUUAUGCCAGAGAGCAGCGAGGAGGAUGGGCCUUGGCCUAGAGAUAGCCUGGGCUCCUCCAGGAAUUCAGAAAGUCCCAGGCUGACCAACUCUCUUAAGGACAGAGUGGAGAUUGCCAGGGUUGAAGGUCACCAGGAUGUUCAGGUUGUGUCUCAAAAGCCCCGCCUGCCCUCCAUUGUGGUGGAAGCCUCUGAGGUGAGUGAAGAGAGUGGGGAGCUCCGAUGGUCCCAGGAGGAGCUACUGCUACUUGCUGAUGGUGAAGAAAAGGCAGAGGCCUUCUUCCAGAACCAAGAUGAAGAGCCAGGGUGGGCUUGGAGCCCACUGGACCCCAGAAUUCCCCUAAGAACCCUUAAUCCAGGACUCAGCUGGGGGCAGGAACAGGAAGAGCAAGAUACCUCCCGGAUUCCUGGGGACAUGGAGUGUCAUGAAGCUCCCAACCCCUGUCCUGUCUGGGACCUGGCAGCAGGCUCUCCCGUCUGUAGAAGCUGCCUUACAGAAUUUUCCCAUCUCCUGCCUCCCAGUGUCUUUGAGGGAGCUGAAGAAGAAGCUGUUCAAGCGACGGCGAGUGUUGAACCGGGAGCGGCGACUGAAGCACCGGGUGGUUGGGGCUGUGGUGGACGAAGGGCUGAUCACGCGGCACCACCUCAAGAAGCGGGCGUCCAGUGCACGUGCCAACAUUACUCUGUCAGGGAAGAAGCGCAGAAAACUCCUCCAGCAGAUCCGGCUUGCCCAGAAGGAGAAGGCAGCCAUGGAAGUGGAAGCCCCCCGCAAGCCAUCCAGGACUAAUGAACCACAGCCCAAACGUGAAAAGAAGACAAAAGCGCCUCAGGAUGUAGACAUGGAAGACCUUGAAGAUAAGAUCUAAAUUUCUCACCCCUGCUACCAAAAGUUUUCCUCGAGCCAGGAGCCAGUUUCAGUGGACUUUGGAGAAAGCAUUGUCCUUUUCCACUCUGCAGGUUCCUCUUCCAUAAUGGCCUGGUGCUGGGAGGGAAGAAGGUAGAGAAGAAAGAUUGGGGAGGGGUUUCUCUAGCAGUCAGUUCCAUUUGUAAUAAAGCCCUAGAGCUGUCACUCAGAUAUGUGUGAUUAAAUGUCGGGAUGGGGAUGGGCAAUGAAAAGGGGUGAGUGUAGCAACAAGACAAAUAGGAAACAGGAUCCACAGAGCUGGCUUGAUCAGAGGUAACAAGAAACCAGCCUCAGUGAUGGCUCCGUCUCCCUUGUGGGUGACACUCCGACCUCCCAGCUCUGACAAAAAUACCGAUUGUUACAGGGAUAAGAGAGGAGGUAAGAGUCCUCAUUCUGGGCCUGGCACUGCCCCAGUAUGACCUGGACGGGCAAGUCACUUUAUCUCAUUUUUGUCUGUGCUUCUUUCGCUGGAAUGCAUUGUAGGGCCUGUUUCAAACAAGAGCUCCGUAGGUGUUCCUGAUACAGGUGGUGCACAUUAUACAGCUGUUGUUUGUAAUUUUUUCCUGAAUCUCUCUUGAUAUCUGGGACAAAGUAUAUGUCCAAAAAGCAUUAGUUUCCUUCCCUGGGAAGCUGUUUGAGUAGUAGUCGCGUCAGAACUUGUUUAACUUCGGAGGGGAUAAUGACAAUCACCAUCAGCCCAAAGCUGAUUCCCAGGAGGUAGAGGUUAGACGUAUCUCCACUUUGCAACUUUUUUCUUUUUUAAACCAAUGCUGACACCAGCUUUCCUCCCCAUGGCACUCUCUAUGUCAUUUGAUUUCUUGACUGCUGCUUCCAUGGGUGUUGAUUGUGGAUUCAAGUAAAAUGAAAUCCUUGACAACUUCAAUCUUUUUUCCGUCUAUCGUAAUGUUUUAUCGUGAUGUUUAUUGGUCCAGUUGUGAGGAUUUUUGUUUUCAUUAUGUCGAGGUGUAAUCCAAACUGAAGACUGUAGUCAUUGAUCUUCAUCACAAAUGGUUCAAGUCUUCUUCAUUUUCAGCGAAUAAGGUUGUAUCAUCUUGUGGUGUGAUGGAUCACUUUUGUAUGACCCUUUUCAUGAUGGUCUUGUAACUCCUUGCAAAUAAGGUAAUUGUGGCCCACCAAGGGGUUUGGUCAGUUUUGCCAUCUCUCUAGGCUUAAAAGGGAGCCAAUUUCAGUGCAGAGAGAGGAUCCCACCGCCACAAGAAAGGAAAGCCAAGAGCGGAGCCUGUCCUUUGGACCCGGGAUCCAUGUGCUGAGAAGCUCCUGGGACCAGGCAACCAAGAGAGCUGUAACACUGAGGACAGCAAGAAACAGUGGCAGAGAAAUGGCAGCAGGAGACAGCACAGUGGACUUCGCAGUCCACAGAGUGAGAAAACUGCGUUCCUUUGGACUGAGGCUUACUGGCGGAAUCAGGUGCCUCUGGGCAGUUACAGGCAGAGCUAAAAGAGUUUUAUAACAUUGCUUGAGCAGGGCAGAGGCUGAGGGCCAGAGAGAGGUGUGCCUGUGAGCAGAGCUGAGAAGAGGCUGUCCUGAUGGAAGAACUGUGUCCUGAGCAUUCCUGAACCUGAAUUGUAAUCUGUUACUUCCCUAAUAAACCCCUGUAGAAAUGGCGUGGGGGUGAAGCCUGACCUUCUCACUCCACAAAGAGGAAGGAGAAUCAAAAUCAACAGCCUAAGGCUGAUUCCUAUAAGGUAGAGUUCAGACAUGCCUACUCUCUCUGCCAUCUUUACCAAUUUUGACACCAAUCGUCCCUCCCACGGCACUCUCUACAUCUCUGUUGGGUUCAAUAAUUCAUUGCAAUGGCCACACAGAACUCAUAGACGAUAGUCACAGCUAUGGGGUUUAUCAGGGAAGUAACAGGUUACAAUUCAGGCUCAGGAACACUUAGGAUUCAGUUCUUCCCUCAAGAUAGCAUCAUUUCAGCUGUGCUCCCAGGCAUGCCUCUUCCUGGCCGUCAGCCUCUACCCUGCUAGUGAGACAGGGAAGAGAUUCGCUGGCUGAAUUAAAUAAGGGCUAAGUUUCAAGGCCCUGUGUGGUUGACCAGCUAUAAUUAAAUCUAAACCUAAGUACAGAUCACCAUAUAACUUUUACUGCUGGCACCCAAGAACUGCUUGUGAUUAACUAGGUGUUUAGACAAGGGACUACUUUUCACGGCCCUAUGUGCUUGACCAACUAUAAAUUACUGAUAAUCCUCCUGAGCUGUUUUUUAAAGGCCUCACCAGGUGCAGAGCAUGCGCAGUAAAGAUCAACGUGGACUAUGAGAGACGUUCCACAUGAGACAAACAUGAACAGGGACCCCUCGCUGGGGCUCGAAUCGAGAUCCAGAGGCAUCAUGCAUAUACAACAUCUCAGAGUAAGUCCCGUUUGACAUCCCAGCAGCCUUUGUGACAGACUCCAUCUUAGUUCCAGCAACCUCUGCGAGGAAGUCCAUCUUGAAUUUUAACUGCAAGCGUAUUUGACUUUCAUAAUCUCUUCCCUUCUAGAAAUCUCCACAAAUCUAAUGAAUAAAGAUAAUGCCUUCCUCCUCCAAACCCUCUGCCUAAAAGCUUUUAUAAGCCCUAGGGAAUCCUUUGUCCAGUGAGAGACUGGAGGCUAGUGUAGGUGGAAACCCCUCUCCCUCUCUCCCUUGCGAGGCUUUUACUCUGUCCCUAAUAAACCUUUGUUCCUGUGGAAUCUCUGAGCCUCUCCUGGUCAUUCUUGGUCAGAAGAAGGUAAGAAUCUAAGCAAAGCUUAGUCCCAAGCUGGGAAGCCCUGCCCUGUAACACUAGGAAGAGUGUUAUAGAGCUCUUUAGCUUUGCCAGUAAGUGCCCAGAAGCGCUUAGCUUUCUCACUCUGUGGGCUGGAAGCCCACCACGCUGUCUCCUGCCAUUGUAUCUUUGCCACUGCUUCAAAAGCUCUCUCUCUGGCUGCUGGUUCCAGGAGCUUCUCAGCACAGGGAUCCUGGGUCCAAAGGAUGUGCUCACCACUCCUGGCUGUUCUUCCUUGGUGGUGGUAGUGCGAUCCUCUCUCUGUUCUGGAAGUGGUUCUUUUUUAAAGCAAAAUUGACCAAUCCCCUUAAAAAAAAAAUUAAAAAAUCCCCUUAGUGGGCCACAAUUGCCUUAUUUGCACAGUCCCACUUAGGUGGGAAUUACAAAACCAUGGCUAGAAAGGCCACAGAAAAGCGCAAUCCAUCACACUGCAACCCCAUAAUCGUGAGUAUUGUGUGUGAGUGCUGUGUGGCCAUUGCAAUGAAUUAUCGAACCCAGCAGAGAAGUAAGAGUGCCAUGGGAGGUACAGUUGGUGUCAGAACUGGUAAAGAUGGUGGAGACAGAAGGCAUGUCUGACCUUUGCUUCACAGGAAUCAGCCUUGGGCUGUUGAUGUUAAUUAUCCUUCCCACAAGUGAAGUUAGAGAAGGUCAGACUCCGCCUCCAUGACAUUUGUAUAUAUUUGCAUAUCUCAGGUUGUUAAUGAGUCUUUCUCCAGUCCUGGUGUUGUGUUUUUCAUAUAGUCCAUUUCUCGGAUUAUUUGCUCAGCAUACAGAUUGAAUAAACAUGGUGAAAGGAUACAAUGCUGACACACACCUUUCUUGAUCUUAAACCAAGCGGUACUUCCUUUGUCGUGGUUUGAAAUAUGUCUCCCCAAAAAUAUGUGUAUUAACUUGGUUAGGCCGUGAUUCCCAGUAUUCUGUGGUUGGUUGUCCUCCAUUUUGAGAUUGUAAUUUUAUGUUGAAAGGAUUAGGGUAGGGUUGUAAUACCACCCUUACUCAGAUCCGCUGUAAAGGGAGUUUCCCUAGGGUAUGGCCUGCACCAUCUUUUAUCUCUCAAGAGAUAAAAGGAAGGGGAAGCAAGCAGAGAGUUGGGGACCUCAUACCACCAAGAAAGAAGCACUAGGAGCAGAGCACGUCCUUUGGACCUGGGGUCCCUGCAGCUCAGAAGCUUCUCAGCCGGGGAAGAUCAAUGACAAGGAAUCUUCCUCCAGAGCCAACAGAGAGAAAGUUGUCUGCUGGAGCUGACACCCUGAAUUUGGACUUGUAACCGCCUAGACUGAGAGAAUAAAUUUUUCUCUUUGUUAAA